AUGAUAUCCGAGCGAAUCGGUUCACCAUGCGCGCCACGGGGUGGUACGACCCUUAGGGUGGUGACGCUCGCGCUGUUUCGAUGUUUGCUGCUAGUGUUCCUAACCAUCGAUAGUCAGCCCCAGUUUAGCACCCUGGCGGCGUUCGAUUACUGUGCCGCGUCGAAAAAUCUCUGCCAACCAGCCGGGGCACGCCACGUCGUCUGCAAUGGACGGCGUUUCUCGCCAGCCUGCCAAUCGGAUCCGAGGCUCAUCAAGAUGAAACCGGCAUACCGGGGCCUGAUACUGGACUUUCACAACCGGCUGCGGAACAAUCUGGCCUGCGGGUACUUCCGUCGUUACGCCGAGGCGAGCUCGAUGGAGCAGUUGCAUUGGGACAACAAACUCGCCCGGAUGGCGGAGUACAACGCGCGUACGUGCAACUUCGCCCACGACGAGUGUCGCAAUACGCGCAAAUACCGGCAGGUCGGUCAAAAUCUGGCCAUCAACUGGUUCCACGGCGUUAACGUGACCGUGCCGGCGGCGAUCGACAAGUUCCAGCGCCACUGGUUCCAGGAGCACAGCCGUGGCCGGCAGAAGCUGCUCGAUCGCUACGGGGAGCAGUCGAUGCGGGCCGGCAUCGGUCACUUCACGCAGAUGGUACACGCCGACACGACGCGCGUCGGGUGCGCGAUGGUACGCUUCCGGAGCGUGAAACAGGAUCUGCCCGUGACGCAGUACUACCUGGUGUGCAACUACUCGGUGGGGAAUCUGUACGAGCGGCCGGUCUACCGGAAGGGGCGCCGGUGCAGCAAAUGCAAGUACGGUUGCGCCAACAACGGAACGCACUACCGAUGCCUAUGUUCAACCGGACCUGCUCAACCGAAAGGAUGA